UGCGCACAGUCAGCCACAGACGCUCCUCCAGCUCCGUGCUGCCCCGGUGUGCGAUGAUGGUCGGCGGCUCGUGUGCUCGCAGGCUGGCCCGCCGCUCGCGCUCCGCCCUGAUCGCGGCGCUCACGGUGCUGCUGGUGCAGACGCUGAUCGUGUGGAACUUCAGCAGCCUCGACUCCGGCGAGGACGGGGCUUCCAGCGUGCGGGAGAAGAGGGACCGGGUCGCGGCGGGCAACAAAGCCGCUGGCAGCGACUAUUUCCAGCGCGACGAGAGCCACAAGCGGCGGCAGCAGCAGCAUCUUCCUCCUCCGCCCGCGAGAGGAGCGGCGCGACACAUACAGCAACCGGAUGGAUAUUACUCCCACCGGCCAAAGGAGAAAAGUAGAGUCGAUAGCAACAACGAGAACUCCGUACCCAAAGACUUUGAGAACAUAGACAAUAGUAACUUUGGUGCACGCUCGCAGCCACACAGGCAGUCUGUGGGGGCCACGAGCAGCAAACAGCGUGAGCAUCUGCAGGAGAAAGCUCACGCUCAGCAGCAGGCCUGGCGGGACAACUCCCCACAUCUGGGCCGCAGCUCGAAUGAAGUGCUGCCUGUAGGCCACCAGCCCCUGGCGGUCGGCAACAACUCCUCGUACCACGGCGGCCAGGCCGUCGCGGGAGUUUCGCGGCAGCAGCACCGCGCCUCACAGGUCCAACAGGCCCAGGCACAGCACAGACACCAGCACUCACACAGGAGGCAGGUGACCGCCGCGCCGCUGGAGGUCACCUACGACCAGCCACCCAAGUGCGAGAUCAGUGGGAAGGAAGCCAUUUCGGCUCUCUCCAGGGCCAAGAGCAAGGACUGCCGGCAGCAGAUUGCCGAGGUGUACUGCAGACACAAGGAAGGGCAGUUAAUGCCGGAGAAGGUCACUCGCUACUGCCACAUUGAGGGUAAAGCCAACGUUAACGUCCAGUGGGAUGAGGAUUCUGCCGAGAGCUUUCCGUUAAACCCGGUGAGGAUCGCGUUUGUCCUGGUCGUCCACGGACGAGCCGCGCGGCAAGUUCAGCGCCUCUUCAAAGCCAUCUACCACUCCUCACACUACUACUACAUACAUGUCGACCAGCGCUCUAACUACCUGCACAGGCAGGUGCAGGCCUUGGCCGUCCAGUAUCCUAAUGUGAGGGUGACCCCCUGGCGCAUGGCCACCAUCUGGGGCGGAGCCAGCCUUCUGACCAUGUAUCUACGCAGCAUGGUUGACCUGCUCGCCAUGAGAGACUGGAACUGGGACUUCUUCAUCAACCUCAGUGCGGCUGACUAUCCCAUCAGGACCAAUAAGCAGCUGGUGGCCUUCCUGUCCAAAUACAGAGACAUGAACUUCAUCAAGUCCCAUGGCAGAGACAACGCCAGGUUUAUCCGCAAACAGGGUCUGGACCGCCUGUUCUACGAGUGUGACACGCACAUGUGGAGACUGGGAGAUCGUAAAAUCCCCGACGGCAUCUCGGUGGACGGCGGUUCCGACUGGUUCCUUCUCAACCGCAUGUUCGUGGAGUAUGUCAUCAACUCCAAGGACGACCUGGUCUCCAACAUGAAGCGAUUCUACGCCUACACUCUGCUGCCUGCAGAGUCAUUCUUCCACACCGUGCUGGAGAACAGCGCCUACUGUGGCAGCAUGGUGGAUAACAACCUGCGCAUCACCAACUGGAAUCGUAAACUUGGCUGUAAAUGCCAGUACAAGCACAUCGUAGACUGGUGUGGGUGUUCCCCGAAUGAUUUCAAGCCUGCAGACUUCCACCGCUUCCAGCAAACGGUGCGACCCACCUUCUUUGCAAGGAAGUUUGAAGCCAGUGUCAACCAGGAGAUAGUGAACCAGCUGGACACCUACUUGUUUGGACCCCUUCCCCAGGGAACGCCGGCGCUGAACUCAUACUGGGAGAACAUGUAUGACGAGUCUGACGGCGCGGCCAGCCUAUCGGACACGCGGCUCACGUACUACCACUCCUUCUCGCGGCUGGGCCUGGCCAGAGCGGCCGCCUCUCUGCAGGGGAACCCGAAGGAUCACAGCUGCAGGUAUUUCCCCAUGGGCCACCCGGUGUCAGUGCAUCUCUACUUCCUAUCAGACCAGUUCCAGGGCUACCUGAUCCAACACCAUGCCACCAACCUGGCCACGAGCAAGCUGGAGACCAUGGAGACCUGGGUGGCACCCAAGAAGAACUUCAGGAUCACCACUCCUCCAACCAGCGCAUUCAGCAGGUUGCAGUUUGCUGAGAUCGGUACAGAGUGGGACGCCAAGGAACGCAUGUUCAGGAACUUCGGUGGCUUAAUGGGGCCCAUGGAUGAGACGGUGGGCAUGCAGAAGUGGAGUAAGGGGCCCAACGUCACCGUCACAGUCGUGUGGAUCGACCCCACCAACGUCAUCGCAGCCACCUAUGACAUCCUGAUCGACGCCAGCGCCGAGUACACUCACUAUCGCCCGCCGCUGAACCAGCCGCUGCGACCCGGAGUGUGGAGCGUCCGCAUCCUGCACCACUGGAGUCCUGUGGCGGAGAUGAAAUUCCUUAUUGCGCCGCUGACCCACCACAAACGCCAGCCCAUACGUCAAGAGGACACUGUGAAGCUGCACAACGGGCCGGCAAAGAACAGCUACAUGGAGCAAAGUUUCCACGGCCUCAACCCAGUGCUCAACAUCCCUGUCAGCCUGGGCUACGUAGAGCAGGCCAAGAGGAACGCAGCCCUGACUGGCCUGGAGCUGGAGCGCUGGGUAGACAGCCUGGUGGGCGAGCUGUGGGAAGCGGCCGACGUCUGCUCCGUUGGCCCUACAGCCUGUCCUGUGAUGCAGGCCUGCGCCAAGAACCCGUGGAGCUCCCAGAGCCCUGACCCCAAAUCCCAGCUCAGAGCACCGAGAGCAGACGGGCGCAUCAGGUAGCAGUGAGGCCUCCAGCUGGACAGGAGGCCACGGCACAGGAGAGUCACUGUUGAUUUUUUAUUUAUUCAAAGCAUUUGUUGCAACCUGGGGGGGGAGGAAAUUCCUCCUCUCUUUUGGGAGAAUAAAACUAAAUAAAAAGUGGAUUUUCAGGGCGGGGAAGGCUGUUUAAGAAUGAUUUUCACUUCCUCCCGUGGGAUUCCUCCAUUUAGGGGAUUAUGCUGGCUUUGCGAUUUCAGUUUCUCACUGUAUUUAUUUUUCUAAUCAUGGCUGAGUUUUAACUGUGAUCAAAUGUUGCAAUUUUUUUGAACACCUAUUUUGCUGCUGAAUGAAUUAUAAAGUCAGCUUGUAAAGCCCUGUGUGGGGGAGCAGUGGUCCUGGAUUGUCAACACUGGUAGCAGAGCGAGAUCUGCUGCAAUAAGGCCUUAGCUGUAAGACGUGUUUGAGGAGGCCAAUGUGCCUCCUUGACUUUUUACGUCGACAAAGAACAAAAUGAGCUGAUAUCUGUGUGUUCACAUGAAUCCAAACGGUCGGAAGAAAAAAAGAUUAUUUUGAUAACUCUCAAAAACGCUGAAAGCAAAUUUACAAGUUACUGAGAAACGACACAAAUUGCAGUGUAAUUAAAGCCACUUUCUUUAAAUCUCUGAGUUUUUCUGAUAGGUCACUGACUCAGUUUGUAAAUUAGUCGAAUAAAUCAGUAACAGCACAACUUCAUUGAGUUCAGUGCCAGAUUGCGAUUGCGGAGCUGUUGUGGCUGCGCUCGCCAUCUGCUGCCUGUCACAUAUCGUAAAUGUGGAAAAGAAGAAGAAAAUGCAAAUACAGAGGCCUUUUUCCAGCAUCAUUACAAAUAUUUAGAUAACAAUAGAACAUGUAGACACAUUCAUUGUUCUAGAGUCAGUAUUUUAAGACGUAACAUAGUGUAGUUUUCGUUUAUCAAACCCAGAUGUUGUGACAGGCGAAAAAAAGACAAAGAUAGAACAGCUUUUUAUUUUGUUGGUUCGUUUGUUUGUUUGUUUGUUUGUUUGCUUGUUUUUUACCAAACUGCCUCAAACUUGAAACAACAAUCUCAAGCUGACCUUAAAAUUCCCCAUCCUUGAAUUCAAUGUCAUCUUUUUUUUAAUUAUUUUUAUUUACCUUUUCUUUAUGUUGUAAAUAAUUCUAUAAGAAGUCUCAAAAAAAAUAGUAUGAAUGGUUGCUGGGGAUGAGUCCAUGAGUCGCUAUUUAUUUCUAAGUUUAUAUUAAUACUGAUAUUUUUAGUCAGUGACUAAAUAACUGCGACGCUGCUUGGGCAGCAUGAUAAAUAUUUUUUUGUAAAGAAAGCCGCCUUUAUUUACAAAGGCCAACAACCCCAAACUUAUACGACACCUUUUUAUGGCCCGCACCUGUGUGUUUGUCAGUGUUGUCCUGUCUGAAUAGAUUUCCUUGUCUUGGUUUCUUACAUGGCUGUUUUUGCAAAGUGCAUCAUAAGAGGAAGCCACUCUGUCCUCAGAGGUCAGAGGUCCGAUACACACACAAAAAAAUAAAAAACACUCCUCACAAGCAAACACAAGAUAAUGUUGGAAUUGAAGGAGAAUCUGUGUGUUUUUUUGUUUAUUUUUCCUAUCUCUUUUUGGUGUUUUUCAGUUCCCGUUUGAGAAUGAUAACAAGUGGUAGUGAUCUUCAUGCUGUGACAAUAAUGUAUAAAUAAAAGUGAGUAUUAUUAUAUUGUGACUUGACUGCUAAAAACAUGGUUUAUUAGAGCCGGGUCCGUGGCACCUUUUCAAAUCGACGUCAUUUUAAACACAUUUUCUGCCAUCAAGACAAUCUGUGGACAUUUGAGCCAGUUCAUUCCCCCCCCCCCCCCACUGAGUGUGACACGGUGCCACAACACAUCCGGAACAAUGCGUGCGUACGGUUUGCACAUCUGUCUUGAGUUUGAAAUAAGGUUUAUCCAAAGCCAAUUAGGACUUCAAUCUGUGAUCGUCAACAUUGUUUAUCCAUCACUCCAGCUGAGUGGCUGUUUUUUUUCUGGCUAAUUAGGAGACAUUACUGUUCAUUAAUGUCAAGUUCACCUUCCCUCUCUGUCGGAUGUGUCUAUUAUAAACACUAUCACUCAUACCCUCUGAAAAAAAAAUCGACGCUGUUUCCUGGGCUGAGGCUGCAAAGGACAAUUUAGUUUAGUUUUUUUUUAAUCUUUUAACUUUAAAGUGCCACCGUGCUCUCGAUAAUUACUUCACACAGCUCAGCAUACUAUGAUAUAAGUUCGGUGACAGUUUUGGAAACACAAAAAAAUAAAAAUUAAAUAAAUAAAUGUAACUCAAUGUGAAAGUCAUAUUUUGUAACUAAAUGGUAAACAAAUGAAGAUGUACAGAGGUAUUUUGUAUUGAGAUAUUGUUUAAAAAGGUAUUGUACAUGUAAAUACAGACGUGGUAAAAAUGAAUUAUGAAGAGUUUUUAAAAAUGUCAAUAAUUGGGCACAAAUGAAUCCAUGGUGUGUGUUUUCUAAUCAAAGUGCAUAACCUGUUUCAGUGUUUUUUGGACGACCGCCGUCGUCCCGUAUGCCUCUCAGAGAAAAUCACAUGCCAGAUUGUUGUUGUUCUUGCUGGAAUGUAUUGUUGAGCAACUGUUGCACAAGUUUCUCUGACUGAUGUUAACCCCCCCAUUAUCUCUCUUUUCUUUUCUGGGGAGGCUCUGUGUGCCUUAGAUGACUUUUAGAACCUUCUCUGCCCAUUAAAGAAAAAGAAGAAAACACUUAUUUUCUAACUUGUUUUGACAUUACGUGAAGAAUACCGCGAGUCUGUCAAGUGAUUCACUGGUACCCGCAACACCAAAAAGAUGUCUGCUGUUGUAUAUAUAUAUCAUCAGGCCUUCUGUUGUUAUCGGCUUUUAUGUUGGGGUUUUUUUGUUGUUGUUUUUUCAUCCCUUUGUGGGAUUUGUUUUGUUGUACUUGACUGGCUUGUUUUUCUUCUCUCUGACUGCUUUUUUUGGAAAUAAAAUUACAUGGAAAAACU